AAAAAGCGCACAGUUUGGCUGGGUGACAGAAGGGGAGGCUCAUGCGCACAGAGGGGGCAGCGUCAGUAUUGGAGACAGCCGCGUUUGCAGUUUUCUCUAUUUCAGGAGCGAAAGCGAGGAGGAAGGAGCCUGGGAAGAUCGGAAGGUGCGGGUGGGGGGGAUGGCGAGCCGAGAUGAAUGAAUUAUGAUCCGCGAGCCACCGAAGCAGAGAGCGGAUCCAGGAAACAGUCGCCUGCAGUCGCGGUUGCAGGAGCCAACCUUAUCUCGACCUGCACCGUCCUGAUCGGGGAGGAGAAAUCAGAUCGCCACCGCUUUUUAUUUUCCCUCUUUCGGUCGGGUAAGGGGGGGGAGGAGGAGGAGGAGGGAAAUCGUGUUGUUGACUCAGCCCGCCGCCGCCGAGGAGGGGAAAGUGUGAGAUUGGGGGCCAGGCAGAACCCGGAGGGAUGAGAGAGCCAGGGGGAAAGCUGGAGGAAGCCGCUGCUGCUGCUCUCGACCGGGAGGCUCUCCAGCACCGCGACUCCUGCUGCGCCCGGGAAGGGCUCGGGGAGCUUCAAGUGUCUGCCCCUCCCCGGCUCCUGCUCCAGCCGCCGGGACCAUGGAGGCUUUAAACGGCACCAGCCCCGGCGAGCCCCCGAGGCAGCCGCAGAGCGCCCCGCACCACGCCGGCUGCGCCGAGAAGAAGCGGCUCCACCGAGCCCCCUCGCCCGCCAGGCCGUUCCUCAGAGACCUCCACGGCCGCGCGUCCUCCGCCAAACCCCCGCCGGGGCCGCCCAAGUCGCCCAGCCUGCCGGGCAGAGCGCCGCACCAGCCAGGGGGAGCCCGUCCGCAGUCGCCGGGGCUCCUGGCCACGCAGAGCCGCCUCUCCCGGCGCAGCUGCGCCCAGGGCGCCAAGGCGGCGUCUGGGCUGGCGGCCGGCUCGCCUGGCAAAGCGGGCAGCAGCAGCAGCAGCGCCAAAAGCGCCCUCUCCAGCAAGAAGGCGGCGCGGGCCCAGGAGCAGGCGGGGGGCAAGGCCGGCGGGAGGCAGCCCGGGGGCGAGCCGGGCCACCCUCCGGGCAAAGGCAGGAAAGGGAAGCGCUGCCUCCCCUCGGCCCAGCCGGGCUCUCUGGCCCCGCCGGCCGCCAGGAUCAGCCACACGGACAGCAGCUCCGACCUGUCCGACUGCCCCUCCGAGCCGCUCUCCGACGAGCAGAGGCUGAACGCCCAGGCCGCCAGCAGCGACGCCGAGUCUGGCACCGGCUCCAGCGACCGGGAACGGGAGCCGCCGCCGCCGCCGCCGCCGCCUCCCCCGCCGGGCCCCCAACAUGCCGCGUCCCCCGCGAGCAAACCGCCCGCUGCGCCACCUGCCUCGCCGGGGCCCCCGGGAACUCUUGCGGAGCAGCCGCCAGGCGAGGAGGCGCCCUCGGGGAGAGCCCUGGAGAAAGCGCCCGCCAAAGGCGCCCUGAGGCUGGGCGGCAGACCCCCGCCGGAGCCCCCCGACGAGAGGCAGCUGGCCGACGAGGAGGAGCUGCGCAGGGAGAUAGAAGAGCUGCGCUCCGAGAACGAUUACCUCAAGGAUGAGCUGGAUGAACUCCGGGCUGAAAUGGAAGAGAUGCGGGACAGCUACCUUGAAGAAGAUGUUUACCAGCUUCAGGAACUUCGACGAGAGCUGGAUCGUGCAAACAAGAAUUGUCGCAUUUUGCAGUAUCGUCUCAGGAAAGCAGAACAGAAAAGCUUGAAAGUGGCACAAACGGGUCAAGUGGAUGGGGAGCUAAUUAGAAGUUUAGAGCAAGAUCUAAAGGUAGCCAAAGAUGUGUCUGUCAGGCUGCACCAUGAAUUGGAGAACAUGGAAGAGAAGCGUGUUAAAGCAGAAGAUGAGAAUGAACUCCUUCGUCAACAAAUCAUUGAGGUGGAAAUAUCUAAGCAAGCACUGCAGAACGAGCUGGAUAGAACGAAAGAGAGCUCCUUGAAGAGAAGAGGCAGCCGAGAUAUUCACAAAGAAAAGAAGGCAUUUGCUCAGGAAGACAGUGCUGAUUUGAAGUGCCAGCUUCAGUUUGCCAAAGAAGAAGCAGCACUGAUGCGUAAGAAGAUGGCCAAGUUGGGCAGGGAGAAAGAUGAUCUGGAACAAGAACUCCAAAAGUACAAGUCCAUCUAUGGAGAUGUGGAAAGCCCUCUCCCUAUUGGGGAGGCUGGAGGACCACCCAGCACAAGAGAGGCUGAACUGAAGCUUCGCCUAAAACUGGUGGAAGAGGAAGCUAACAUCCUAGGAAGGAAAUUAGUGGAAUUGGAAGUAGAAAAUAGAGGGAUUAAAGCUGAGAUGGAGGACUUGAGAUGCCAGUAUGAGAGAGCAUGUCUUAGCCAGGACCAUAUUUCAAGCAUUCCUACCUCACCAUACGGUGACUCUGUAGAGUCAGCUGCAGAGCUACGCCGUCAUUUGCAGUUUGUAGAAGAAGAGGCAGAACUGCUGAGGAGAUCAAUCUCUGAAAUUGAAGAUCAUAAUAUGCAGUUGAAAAAUGAACUAAAUAAAUUCAAGUUUGAACCUGGACAGGAGUCUGGUUGGCUUGAUGAUAAUGCUUCCAAGUCCAGUGGAUCCUUACAAGAAGAGCUGAAAUCAGCUCGACUACAAAUCAAUGAACUGAGUGGCAAAGUGAUGAAACUCCAGUAUGAGAAUCGUGUUUUGAUAUCCAAUGUGCAGCGCUAUGAUCUUGCCUCACAUUUAGGACUGCGGACUUCAAGCCCAAGGGACAGCGAUGCUGAGAGUGACACGGGGAAAAAAGAGAGUGACAAUGAAGAAGGCCGUCUACCUCAACCAAAGAGAGAGGGACCUAUUGGGGGUGAGAGUGAGUCAGAAGAUUUGUAUGAAAAGACAUCAGGUUUUGGGAGUGGGAAACCAUCAGAAGUUAGUGAUCUGUGCUCUACUGAACCAACAAGAUCCAAAGAGGAUGCAGAAUCUUUGAUCAACAUCAAAUGUGAGGCUGAACGUCUGGAAAGAGCUGUGGAUCGUCUCAUCAGUGACACGGAUAGUUUAAUUUAUGAAGCAAAAGUGCAUAUAACCAGCAGUAAAUCUGAGCAAGGUUUUGAAAAAGGUGAAGAGAGGGGAGAAAGGAAAAAUGAACCAGAACUUUUGGAUACAAUCAAUUCAAGGAUGAAAACUUUCCAGAAAGAAUUGCAAACCUUCCUGGAGAAGGUUGACAGUGUUGGGGAAGGCCUCAAAGAACAAAUGGAAGAUCUUUCCCCUCUUCCCCACCUUACAGAGUCUUCCAGUUUUCUGUCCACAAUGACGUCCAUAUCUCGAGAGUCACCCAUUGGUAACCAGGGAAAGGAUCUAAUUUCAGACUUCCAGUCCAAACUGAGGGAUCAGAUGGAGUGGCAGCGCAACCAAGACCAUGGAGAUGAGCAAGAGAUUCACCACCAACGAGGCGCCGCCGAACCACACGUCAGAGCUGUUGGAGACUUUAAACUCUACAGGCCAGGAAAGAAGGGUUGUUUCAGUCUAGAGAAUGUAUCGAUACAAGAGCUUCAGGCUCAACUUGAGCAGGAGGUGAAACUUCGCCAAGAAGAGCAAGAAAAACUUUCAGAGAGGAUCAUUCAGCUAGAAGAGGACCAUCUACAAAGCCUGCGGAGGAAAGACUUGGAGGUGCAAAGCUUGACUUUGCAAAACAAACUGGAAGAGAAGACGUGGAGUCAGGAGAAAAACCUGAUGCAUCAAGAACUCAGGCAUUUCAAACAGAACACCUCUCUCCUCUACGUCAAACUGAAAUGGCUGCUGAAACAGUUGCGGCAAGGCAAGGAGAAAGGAGAGGACAUGCUUGAGUCAGACCUCCUAGACUCCGUAUCAGAAUUCAGUUCUCAGUUUGAAAAUAAGGGUAUUGAACGAGAGAAGGAAAAGGAGGAGGAAGAUGGAGCGUUUGCACUGACAGAUUACUCUCAACAUUCCACUGAAGAAACAAGUGAGCAUGGACCACAGCUACAGACUGCAGAAUUGUUACAGCAUCAACAGCAGGCAAAAGAAAAUCACCAACUUUUAAAUGCCCUGAGAGUUCUGUUGGAUGACUUUCGAACUGAGCUUCAGGAGGAUGAGAAAGAACAUCACAGCCUCCAGCAGCGGUAUGCCACUGAGAAAGCUGCUUGGGAGGUAGAAUGGACUAAGCUGAAGUGUCAGUUGGAGCAGUGGGAAGGGAUGAAUGAAAAAGCACAGAGUGACCUUGGUCUUGAUAUAAAGGCAGCUUUUACGAGGGAGAGAGAGGAGCACAAGAAACUCCUGACUGAUAGUCACAAAACUGUGAUGAACUUGCAGUGGCAAAUCCAACACAGCGAGAAGAAAUGGAAUAGAGAAAAGAAAGAGCUUCUGGAACAGCUGGAUAAAGACCAUCGAGAGUGGGAGCAGCAAAGGAAGGACCUGCUGAGGAGGCUGGAACAGAAGGUAAAUUCCAAAAGAGGAGACAACAUACCCUGUGACUCAAAAGAAACUAGCCUUCAUUCAUUUUCAAAUAAAGGGAACCAUCAUGUGCCUCGUCCAAUGGGAUCAAGAUCCUACUCCGAUUCAGAUACCAUGCAGUUUGAAGAUCGAUCACUGUCCAAGCUGAAGGAAAGCGACCGGUGCACUGCCACAGAAAAUCUCUUUCUAGACACACUGUCCCUUGAUUCUCCUGAUGAUGCUGAUGAACCACAGUCCCAGAAACUGGAACAAGAAAGGUUUUUAGUUUGUGUAAGUGAGGAAGAAGAAAUGCACAAGGGAAACCUUCAAAGGGCAAUGUCGGUUUCCUCUAUGUCAGAGUUCAAACGCUUGAUGGACAUUUCUCCUUUUCUUCCUGAGAAGACUCUGCCUUCCUCUGGCACCAAGGAAGAUAUGACACCUCCUUUAUCCCCUGAUGAUCUGAAAUACAUUGAGGAAUUCAACAAAAACUGGGAUUACAGCACAUCCAGAAACCAUAAUGGUGCUGCAGAAAGGCCUGCAGAAUCAUGGGCAGAGCAGACAGAGAUUGGGAAGGCAGGAAAUAAUUCAGUUCCAGAUCCAUUCCAGCCCUCUUCAUGGUACCUCACUACCAGCACAUGACACCACGUCAGCUAAUACCAUUCAGCCCCACUACC